AUGGACCUCUUCCGCCAGACGCGGACGCUGGCGGCCAAGACACUCAGCAUCAUCCUCACCCGCCACGCGGCCACGACCAUCUACAGCGCCCUCGUACUGCCUGCCCUCGCCUGUGUCUACCUCGGCCUCGGCCAAAACUUCAACCAGCCAAAUGCCGAGUUCGGCAUCGGCAGCCCUCGCGACAUCCGGCCCCUCGCCGACGCCCUCGCCGGGGCCGCCGCCAGCACCGGCCGCCGCACGGUGGCCCUGGUCAACGGCGGACAUUCCGGGGGCGCCAUUGACGGCGUCAUCGACUCGCUUGCCGAGACUGUCGCUGCCGCCGGCCAGCAAGCGACGCGUCUGGCCUCGGAGGAGGAGCUGAGCUACCUCUGCCGCCCCUCGCCCCGGGGCACGUCGUCAUGCUUCGGCGCCGUCGUAUUUCGCUCGUCGCCGCGCGAGGGCGAGGCGAGGAUUUGGAACUACACCCUGCGCGCCGAUCCGGCCCUUGGCUCUGGCUUUCGAGCCGCCCGUGACGAUAACGAUGCCCCCAUCUACGUUCUGCCGCUCCAGCAUGCCGUCGACGCCGCCAUCGCCGGCUCUUCCUUACCGGCGGGCGCGCGUGAGUACGGAUACACGGCCGAGACUGAGGAUGAGCGCCGGGCCGGGCUGCGCCGGGCUUACCAGUCGUCUUUCAUCGACUACCUCGGCGUCGGCUUCGCCAUCGCCCUCAUCGGCGUCUGCUAUCACAUGCCCGGCCUCAUCGCCACCGAGCGCGAGUCCGGCAUGUCGCAGCUCAUCGACGCUAUGAUGCCCGUCAGCGCCGCCUGGCACCGUCAGUUCGCCCGUCUCGCCUCCCACCACGGCGCCUUCACCCUCGCCUACAUGCCAGGCUGGCUCAUCGCCGCCAUCAUCUGCCGUGUCAUGAUUUGGAGAAACACGAGCUACGGCACCCUCGUCGUCUUCUUCCUCCUCGGAGGCCUCGCCAUCACCUCCAUGUCGCUGCUGGCCGCGUCCUUCUUCCGCAAGGCCCAGCUCUCGGGUGUCGUCACUACCGUCGCCUGGAUCGCGUUGGCGUUACUUGCACAAGCCUUGCCCGCGGCCGGCACCGCCGCCGUCGCCAUUCUCAGCGCCCUCUUCACGCCCUGCACCUUUGUCUUCUUCAUCACCAGCGUCGCCCGCUACGAACGGGAGGGUCAAGCGUCCGACCUCGCGCGCCCUCCUCCUGGUAGCCCCUGGAAUCUGCCGCCCGUCGUGCUUUGGAUCUUUCUGAUUGCUCAGGCCCUCCUGUACCCCGUCCUCGCCGCUUACCUCGAGAGGGCUCUCCACGGCGUUACCACAGGCGUCCGCCAUACGUCCCUUCGACGUUCGCAAGCCGCAGCAGCGGGGGACGACGUCGUCCGCGUCGACAAUAUAACCAAAGUCUACCGCCCCGGGUUGCUUCGUCGCUUCUUCUCCUUCGUCUCGAGCCCCCGGCCCGAGGUGGUUGCCGUUGACGGCUUGACUUUGACGGCCAAGAAGGGUCAGAUUCUUGCCCUUCUCGGUGCAAACGGCAGCGGGAAGAGCACUUCGCUAGACAUCAUCGCCGGCAUCACCAAUUUCACGAACGGCAACGUCUCUGUGGACGCUAGUGGCGGACUCGGUGUCGCCCCGCAGAAGAACGUCCUCUGGGACGAGUUGACUGUCGAGGAGCACAUCGGCAUAUUCAACCAGCUCAAGUCACCGAGCAAGCAAGGCUCUCGAGAAGAGACUCGGGUGUUGAUCGAUGCUAUAGGACUCGGCCAGAAGGCACAAGCCCAGGCCAAGACCCUUUCGGGCGGACAGAAGCGAAAACUGCAGCUUGGCAUGAUGCUUACGGGCGGUAGCUCCGUCUGCUGCGUCGACGAGGUCUCAUCGGGCCUCGACCCGCUCUCCCGCAAGAAAGUCUGGGACAUCUUGCUCUCCGAGCGCGGCAAGCGCACCAUCAUCAUGACCACGCACUUCCUGGACGAGGCCGACCUCCUGGCCGACAACAUCGCCAUCCUUUCCAAGGGGACUUUGCGAGCCGAGGGCCCAUCUGCCCAUCUGAAAAACACAUUGGGCGCGGGCUAUCGCAUCCACGUGCUCGACACCCCCGAAGCCGCCAACCAGCAGCCUCCUCUGGUUGCCGGUGUCGAAUGCAAGGCCGGGCCAGGUGCCGUCACCUACGUCGCCCCUUCGUCUAGCCUCGCUGCCGAUGUCAUUGGCGCGCUGGAGGCUCGAUGCAUUCCCUACAAGUUCUCCGGCCCGACUAUCGAGGACGUCUUUCUCAACUUGGCUGAUGAGGCCAGAAGCGAGAAGUCGCACGGAUAUUCUCAUCGUGGCUCUCCAAUAUCUGCCCCGAGCGAAGAGCCGGCGGGACAGGACAAGACCCUUGGAACCAGCUCGUGCGCACAAGGUCUCCUUCCAGGGCGCCCCGUUGGCCUGGGCAAACAAAUUGGCAUUUUCCUGCGCAAGCGAUUUGUCAUUCUUCGGUCCAACUGGAUCCCCUACGUGGCCGCUUUCUUAAUUCCCAUCAUCGCUGCCGCGGUCACCCAGAUUCUCGUCAGGGGCGAACACGCCGUCGGAUGCUCGCCGUUCAUCGGCUCCAAUGUGGCCGACUUGUUCAAGCCCCUCCGAGUCCUGGGUGGAGCGGCUGCUAACAGCGACGCAUCUCUGGUCAGCAAUUCGACCCUGAAGCUCGUCGACUCCAUCGGUAGCUUUGACGCCUUCAUUCAGCACAAUCGCAGCAGUGUUGUGCCCGGCGGCUGGUGGCUCGGCGACGACGCGGGCUCUGUUCCUACCCUCGCGUAUAGAGCAGACAACUUUUCCAUGCAUGCGGCCGUCAUGAGCCAGAGCUUCCUGAACACGAUGAUCGCCAACGAGACCAUUGCGGCGACGUACUCUGCCUUUGACUCGUCGGUCGCUCCCUCUACCGCCAGGUUCCUUCAGCUGGCCGUCUACUUUGCACUGGCCUGCUCCGUCUUCCCAGGCCUGUUCGGCCUGUAUCCCAGCACAGAGCGACGGAUGCAGAUUCGCGCCCUCCAGUACUCGAGCGGUGCGCGAGUCUUGCCCGUGUGGGCUGCUCACCUCGUCUUUGACUUUUCCAUCAUGCUGGUUUCUAUGGCCGUUGCAGCCACCAUCUUUGACACAACCUCGGAUGUCUGGUAUCACCUGGAAUAUCUCUUUCCAAUCUUUAUGCUCUACGGCCUUGUCUCGAUCUUAGUCGCCUAUCUGUUCUCCCUUGUUUGUAGCAGCUCUCUCGCCGCGUUUGCUGCGACUUCCGUCUUUCAGGGCGUUGGGUUUGCCGUCUACCUGGUUGCAUUCCUAUAUAUACAAACUUACUCGCCCUCCUCAGCUACCGAUCGCAACGUCCUCAUCGGACACUGGAUUAUUUCGGCCGUUUUCCCAUCUGGCUCGCUCAUCCGAGCUUUCUUCGUCGCCCUUAACACCUUUUCAGCUUCCUGCGACGGGGACCAGCUCCGGGCCUAUCCCGGUGCCAUUCUCGCGUACGGCGGCCCAGUUCUCUAUCUAUCAGUGCAAGCCAUCUUUCUAUUUCUCCUAGUCCUCUGGCUCGAGACCGGAGGAGGCAAGUAUACGGGCGAGAGUACUCCAAGAUCAAAGGAGGUCGACGAUGCCGAAGUUGCUAGUGACGUGGCCUGGGUGGACGACCCAAGCGACAAUACCCAAGGCCUUCGAGUCGCGCAUUUGACCAGGGCGUUCGGCAAGCAUACGGCCGUCGAUAACGUCACGUUUAGAGUCCAACACGGCGAGAUCUUUGCACUUCUCGGCCCCAACGGCGCCGGCAAGUCGACAACCAUCUCGUUGAUCCGAGGUGAUAUAGCCCCUGGCCGCAGGGGCGGCGAUGUUUUUAUCGAAAAUGCAUCCAUCGUCAGGAACAGGACCUUGGCGCGUCAGAACCUCGGCGUCUGCCCCCAGUUUGAUGCCAUCGACUCCAUGACCGUCGUCGGCCACCUUGAGCAUUUUGCCCGUAUCAGGGGCAUUGCCGAUGUUGACCGCCAGGUCCGAGCCGUCCUACAGGCCGUUGGCCUCGACGCCUACGCGGAUGUUUUGGCGCAUACGCUCUCGGGUGGCAACAAGCGAAAGCUGUCUUUGGCCAUGGCAUUAACGGGAAACCCGUCCGUGAUAUUGCUUGACGAGCCUUCAUCUGGCCUAGACGCGGCUGCCAAGCGCAUCAUGUGGCGGACUCUCGAGUCCAUCGCGCCCGGCCGAUCGAUCCUGCUCACUACGCAUAGCAUGGAGGAGGCCGACGCGCUGGCCAGCCGUGCCGGCAUCAUGGCACGACGUAUGCUGGCCAUUGGAGCCCCCGAUAGCCUGCGACGCCGCUUCGGCGAUGCGCUUCAUGUCCACCUCGUCAGCAAGACGGCACCUCACUCUUCCAGUGAAGAGAUGGAUCGCUUGCGCUCCUGGGUCCUCGGGACCUUUCCCGGAGCCGAAAUCGAGCAGGAGACGUUACAUGGCCAGUUGCGCUUCGCUGUGCCUCCAUCUGCUGUGCUGAAGCAGCAGGCAGAAGCUGCCGGUCAAGGCGCCGGCACCGGCGAAGCGGGCAGCGCGAUGGGCCGGUUGCUCAUUAUUCUGGAAGAGAACAAGAAUGCACUCGGCAUUCUUCAUCACAGCGUCAGCCCGACUACACUCACCCAGGUCUUCUUGGCCAUAGUCGGCCAGCAAGCUGCGGCUGAGGAGGAUUGUAGGAAGGGGGCCAUGCAGGAGAAGCCGUGGUGGAGGAAGAAUAUUUGGGGGUUUUAA